AUGGCCUGUUACCCACGGAUACCAUACCCCAAUUCAGUCGGCCUUAACGGACAAUUGAUUGGAUGGACUCGUGUAGGCAAUCUCACCGCUGUGGAUGCGAUCCUUGAUUCCCCAGAGGCCGCGGAUCUUCCCCGGCAUGGCGAGACGGCGCUCCACGAGGCCAUCAGGUACGGCCGGUCAGAUUUCCUCCGUCACUUAAUCGCCAGGGGUUUUGAUGUCAACCAGAAGGGCCCCGAGCCAUAUGGUGAAAUUUGCCUGACACCUAUGCACUUUGUAGCCGCGAACAACAAUGCCGAGAUGGUGGAUAUUCUCCUAGAUGCGGGAGCAGAUGCGACCAUAGAUGACGUUUCGGCAGAUGGAUUCUGCGGCAUUCUUGGUGGAAGGGAAGCGAAGCCACACACACCUUUUAUGGCCGCAGCAUUUUGGGGAUCCCACGCGGUGAUCGACCGGCUAAUUGAUCGCUUACCCCCAGUCGCUAUUGGCAGCGAUGAAUGGCCUCUUGCCGUCGCUGCUGCAGCACUUCAUCGUCAUCCAAAGACAUUGGACCUUCUGCUCCGUAGAUACCCUUCCUCGGGGAUACCACAAGAUAUUCUGGACCGCGCUUUGAUUGACGCUGCUGAAAACUGGGACUAUGAUCCUUACCAUGGGAUAUUCCCGGCCCUACCGGAGGAAUCCUGGCCUAGGGGGAUCGAGACGUUCCGGCUGUUACUUGCCCGUGGAGCCCGCCCGAAUGCAGGACCCCCAAUGUCCAUCUACACAUACACACCCUGGGCAAAGGACCGACCAAUAAUCCACGCCACGAUUGACACCUCAAUGGGCAUGGAUAUGGUCAAUAUGCUUCUUGACCACGGCGUGGAUCUCCCUGAGGGCUCCGGCGGGGGAGCAGAAGAUAAGGAUAUCACACUUUUCGGCCGGGCAGUUCGGAACGGGCACCCUGAUCUUAUCCGCUUUUUCUAUCAGCGUGAAGGUGCUGUGAUAAAUAUGAACGAGGAACUCCCGCAUAGGGACCGCUGUUAUAAAGGUUACUUGCUUCACACCGCCGCGGCAAGUGGCCGUCUCGCGAACGUCCAGUUCCUGCUAGAUCACGGAGCAGACCCCCUCAAGAUGAACCCCGACGGCUACUUGCCCAUUCAUCGAGCAUGUUUGAGUCGUUAUCUCGACAUAAUAAAGCUUCUCUGGCCCCUAACCUGUCCUGCGGUGCCAGAUUUGGCCAAUUAUCGUACGAAGGAUGGCCAAACCGCCUUCCACCUCACCAACUGCUGGUCCUCCAGCCCCUAUGAUCCCGAAGUCGAAAAACUUAGUAUGCGCCUUUUAUACUUUUUCAAAGAACAGGGGGCCGAUCUGAGCAGUCUAGAUAGCCAGGGGAAAAGUUUCCUUCACCACAUACUGCCACACCAUGAGGACAUGAUACCACUGUUUCGUACUCUGAUGGAGAUGGGCGCACAGUUACGGGCCGAUGCUCAAGGCCAGACAGAGCUCCACCUUACUCUACUUAAUCCAGACUGGGAGCUGGUGGGCCUGAGGUUCCUUUUGGCCCACGGUGCUGACAAGGAUAUCAACGCACAAGACAACAAGGGCCGCACGCCGCUGUAUUACUACCUGGAGACACAUUAUUAUGAGCCGGAAAACAACCAAAGCGCUCGGCAUAUCCGGGCGGUUGUUUUAGAUGUCCUAAUGAAAGCCGGGGCCGAUCCUGAUAUUCGUUCCGUUUCAGGCAAGUCUGCCAGGGAAUUCGUGGUCGAGAAAGGGGUUCCGUAUAAUCUUGAUGAGUAG